GAGCGGCGGGGGAGAGGGGCCGGGAGGCGGGUGCCGUGCCGCCCGCUCUCCUCUCCCUCGGCGCCGCCGCCGCCGCCCGCGGGGCUGGGACCCGAUGCGGUUAGAGCCGCGGAGCCUGGAAGAGCCCCGAGCAAAGCAUGUUAUAGUGCCUUAUGGGAUGUCUACAAAUACUUGUUUAAUCAAAUUGAGCUGAUAUUUAUGUAGGAAACAUUUUAUUCUGCAACAAUUAAGGCAAACAUAUAUGUGUUUCUGCUUUGGGACAACCAUACAUCUAAUUCCUUAAAGUAGUUUUAUAUGUAAAACUUGCAAAGAAUCAGAACAAUGCCUCCACGACCAUCAUCAGGUGAACUGUGGGGCAUCCACUUGAUGCCCCCAAGAAUCCUAGUAGAAUGUUUACUACCAAAUGGAAUGAUAGUGACUUUAGAAUGCCUCCGUGAGGCUACAUUAAUAACCAUAAAGCAUGAACUAUUUAAAGAAGCAAGAAAAUACCCCCUCCAUCAACUUCUUCAAGAUGAAUCUUCUUACAUUUUCGUAAGUGUUACUCAAGAAGCAGAAAGGGAAGAAUUUUUUGAUGAAACAAGACGACUUUGUGACCUUCGGCUUUUUCAACCCUUUUUAAAAGUAAUUGAACCAGUAGGCAACCGUGAAGAAAAGAUCCUCAAUCGAGAAAUUGGUUUUGCUAUCGGCAUGCCAGUGUGUGAAUUUGAUAUGGUUAAAGAUCCAGAAGUACAGGACUUCCGAAGAAAUAUUCUGAAUGUUUGUAAAGAAGCUGUGGAUCUUAGGGACCUCAAUUCACCUCAUAGUAGAGCAAUGUAUGUCUAUCCUCCAAAUGUAGAAUCUUCACCAGAAUUGCCAAAGCACAUAUAUAAUAAAUUAGAUAAAGGGCAAAUAAUAGUGGUGAUCUGGGUAAUAGUUUCUCCAAAUAAUGACAAGCAGAAGUAUACUCUGAAAAUCAACCAUGACUGUGUACCAGAACAAGUCAUUGCUGAAGCAAUCAGGAAAAAAACUCGAAGUAUGUUGCUAUCCUCUGAACAACUAAAACUCUGUGUUUUAGAGUAUCAGGGCAAGUAUAUUUUAAAAGUGUGUGGAUGUGAUGAAUACUUCCUAGAAAAAUAUCCCCUGAGUCAGUAUAAGUAUAUAAGAAGCUGUAUAAUGCUUGGGAGGAUGCCCAAUUUGAUGUUGAUGGCCAAAGAAAGCCUUUAUUCUCAACUGCCAAUGGACUGUUUUACAAUGCCAUCUUAUUCCAGACGCAUUUCCACAGCUACACCAUAUAUGAAUGGAGAAACAUCUACAAAAUCCCUUUGGGUUAUAAAUAGUGCACUCAGAAUAAAAAUUCUUUGUGCAACCUACGUGAAUGUAAAUAUUCGAGACAUUGAUAAGAUCUAUGUUCGAACAGGUAUCUACCAUGGAGGAGAACCCUUAUGUGACAAUGUGAACACUCAAAGAGUACCUUGUUCCAAUCCCAGGUGGAAUGAAUGGCUGAAUUAUGAUAUAUACAUUCCUGAUCUUCCUCGUGCUGCUCGACUUUGCCUUUCCAUUUGUUCUGUUAAAGGCCGAAAGGGUGCUAAAGAGGAACACUGUCCAUUGGCAUGGGGAAAUAUAAACUUGUUUGAUUACACAGACACUCUAGUAUCUGGAAAAAUGGCUUUGAAUCUUUGGCCAGUACCUCAUGGAUUAGAAGAUUUGCUGAACCCUAUUGGUGUUACUGGAUCAAAUCCAAAUAAAGAAACUCCAUGCUUAGAGUUGGAGUUUGACUGGUUCAGCAGUGUGGUAAAGUUCCCAGAUAUGUCAGUGAUUGAAGAGCAUGCCAAUUGGUCUGUAUCCCGAGAAGCAGGAUUUAGCUAUUCCCACGCAGGACUGAGUAACAGACUAGCUAGAGACAAUGAAUUAAGGGAAAAUGACAAAGAACAGCUCAAAGCAAUUUCUACACGAGAUCCUCUCUCUGAAAUCACUGAGCAGGAGAAAGAUUUUCUAUGGAGCCACAGACACUAUUGUGUAACUAUCCCCGAAAUUCUACCCAAAUUGCUUCUGUCUGUUAAAUGGAAUUCUAGAGAUGAAGUAGCCCAGAUGUAUUGCUUGGUAAAAGAUUGGCCUCCAAUCAAACCUGAACAGGCUAUGGAACUUCUGGACUGUAAUUACCCAGAUCCUAUGGUUCGAGGUUUUGCUGUUCGGUGCUUGGAAAAAUACUUAACAGAUGACAAACUUUCUCAGUAUUUAAUUCAGCUAGUACAGGUCCUAAAAUAUGAACAAUAUUUGGAUAACUUGCUUGUGAGAUUUUUACUGAAGAAAGCAUUGACUAAUCAAAGGAUUGGGCACUUUUUCUUUUGGCAUUUAAAAUCUGAGAUGCACAAUAAAACAGUUAGCCAGAGGUUUGGCCUGCUUUUGGAGUCCUAUUGUCGUGCAUGUGGGAUGUAUUUGAAGCACCUGAAUAGGCAAGUCGAGGCAAUGGAGAAGCUCAUUAACUUAACUGACAUUCUCAAACAGGAGAAGAAGGAUGAAACACAAAAGGUACAGAUGAAGUUUUUAGUUGAGCAAAUGAGACGACCAGAUUUCAUGGAUGCUCUACAGGGCUUUCUGUCUCCUCUAAACCCUGCUCAUCAACUAGGAAAUCUCAGGCUUGAAGAGUGUCGAAUUAUGUCCUCUGCAAAAAGGCCACUGUGGUUGAAUUGGGAGAACCCAGACAUCAUGUCAGAGUUACUGUUUCAGAACAAUGAGAUCAUCUUUAAAAAUGGGGAUGAUUUACGGCAAGAUAUGCUAACACUUCAAAUUAUUCGUAUUAUGGAAAAUAUCUGGCAAAAUCAAGGUCUUGAUCUUCGAAUGUUACCUUAUGGUUGUCUUUCAAUCGGUGACUGUGUGGGACUUAUUGAGGUGGUGCGAAAUUCUCACACUAUUAUGCAAAUUCAGUGCAAAGGCGGCUUGAAAGGUGCACUGCAGUUCAACAGCCACACACUACAUCAGUGGCUUAAAGACAAGAACAAAGGAGAAAUAUAUGAUGCAGCCAUUGACCUGUUUACACGUUCAUGUGCUGGAUAUUGUGUAGCUACCUUCAUUUUGGGAAUUGGAGAUCGUCACAAUAGUAACAUCAUGGUGAAAGACGAUGGACAACUGUUUCAUAUAGAUUUUGGACACUUUUUGGAUCACAAGAAGAAAAAAUUUGGUUAUAAACGAGAACGUGUGCCAUUUGUUUUGACACAGGAUUUCUUAAUAGUGAUUAGUAAAGGAGCCCAAGAAUGCACAAAGACAAGAGAAUUUGAGAGGUUUCAGGAGAUGUGUUACAAGGCUUAUCUAGCUAUUCGACAGCAUGCCAAUCUCUUCAUAAAUCUUUUCUCAAUGAUGCUUGGCUCUGGAAUGCCAGAACUACAAUCUUUUGAUGACAUUGCAUACAUUCGAAAGACCCUAGCCUUAGAUAAAACUGAGCAAGAGGCUUUGGAGUAUUUCAUGAAACAAAUGAAUGAUGCACAUCAUGGUGGCUGGACAACAAAAAUGGAUUGGAUCUUCCACACAAUUAAACAGCAUGCAUUGAACUGAAAAGAUAACUGAGAAAAUGAAAACUCACUCUCUGGAUUCCACACUGCACUGUUAAUAACUGUCAGCAGGCAAAGACCGAUUGCAUAGGAAUUGCACAAUCCAUGAACAGCAUUAGAAUUUACAGCAAGAACAGAAAUAAAAUACUAUAUAAUUUAAAUAAUGUAAACGCAAACAGGGUUUGAUAGCACUUAAACUAGUUCAUUUCAAAAUUAAGCUUUAGAAUAAUGCGCAGUUUCAUGUUAUGCCUUAAUUCCAAAAAGGUAAACUUUGAAGAUUAUUUGUAUCUUUUUUUAAAAAACAAAACAAAACAAAAAUCCCCAAAAUAUAUAGAAAUGAUGGAGAAGGAAAAAGAAUGAUGUUUUUUUUUUUUGUCUUGCAAAUGUUCUAUGUUUUGAAAUGUGGACACAACGGAGGCUGUUAUUGCAUUAGGUGUAAGUAAACGAGUUUAUGUUAAAUUACAUUAAGAUUGGAAAAGAAUGAAAAUUUCUUAUUUUUCCAUUGCUGUUCAAUUUAUAGUUUGAAGUGGGUUUUUGACUCCUUGUUUAAUGAAGAAAAAUGCGUGGGGUGGAAGGGACUCUUGAGAUUUCACCAGAGACUUUUUCUUUUUAAUAAAUCAAAGCUUUUGAUGAUUUGAGGUCUUAUCUGCAGUUUUGGAAGCAGUCACAAAUGAGACCUGUUAUAAGGUGUUUUUUUUUUUUUUUUUUCUGGACAGUAUUUAAAGGAUCUUACUCUUAUUUCCCAGGGAAAUUCUGGGCUCCCACAAAGUAAAAAAAAAAAUCAUCAUAGAAAAAGAAUGAGCAGGAAUAGUUCUUAUUCCAGAAUUGUACAGUAUUCACCUUAAGUUGAUUUUUUUCUCCUUCUGCAAUUGAACUGAAUACAUUUUUCAUGCAUGUUUUCCAGAAAAUAGAAGUAUUAAUGUUAUUAAAAAGAUUAUUUUUUUUAUUAAAGGCUAUUUAUAUUAUAGAAACUAUCAUUAAUAUAUAUUCUUUAUUUACAUGAUCUGUCCCAUAGUCAUGCAUUGUUUUGCACCUCAGAUUUUUUAUUGUUCGUAGCAGCAUGGUCAGCUUUCUUCCUGGUCUAUAGAUGAGGCUCAGGCACUAUCCCAUUUAUACCAAUAACCAGUGUACAACUACUUACGGAAAACAUAAAAACUUCAUCUUCUUUCCUUUUAUUACUUACGUGAAUCCCCCAUCUUCCAUUCUCUUUUAUAAUUGAGAAUCUCAAUCAUAAGAAAUUAGUUACCAGAAUUAACACAAUUUAGACUAUCUUCCUGAUUCCUUAAACCCCUUUACUGAAGUAUACUCAUGAAUCAUACUUUAAAAUAUGGGGGAAUAGAAACCAUGAACUUUUUACCUUUUUAAACUAUUUAUCCAUAUCUCCAAAGUAGGACAUUAAACCAUUUUAAGAACAUGUCUCAUUCCCAAGUAGUCAGAGCUCACUCUCCAACUUUAUUAAAUACUAUUUGAGCACAGGACAUUUUUGAAAAACAUUAACCCAAGAUGUAGAGGCUACUGCUAGUCAUCCUUCUAGAAUCUGAUAUUUUACUCUGUAUUUGAAAUGAAUGAUUAAUGUCCUAGGAAAUUAGCUUUAGCAGAUGUCCAGGUGCCACAUCAAAAAAGUGCAAUAAUUAUUGACAGUUUUUUAGAUUAGGCAUAUUAUUGGAAAACAACUUUAUAAAGAGUGAACAUUGUAUACUCUAGUAAAACAGCAUCACUUUAAAAUACUCAUUUAUGAAAUCUGUUACCUAUAGUUGAAGUCUUGAGUAGUGAACAAGGGACUCUAAUACCAAUACUCUUAAUAUCUGGCUAUUUUAGAUCCCUUAAAGGGCAUAAUUAUUGGAAAUUUAGGUAUUUCACUAAAGCAUGUAUAUAAUAUUGCCAACAAGAAAAAUAAAUUUGAAGAUUAAGGGAACUUAUUUCUGCAAACUGUCUUGCAAUAGUUAAGCAGAAUUUAAACUCUGUUUUAAGCAGGAAACCAGAAAGAUUAUUUUGCAGUUAUAGAAAAUUUCAUAACUUAUUAAAACUUAUUAACAUUUUGUGUUGUUUAGAUAUAGGCAGUUGAUACAUACUAACAUCCCAGCCUUUUCAAUAUCAGGGUUAAAUUAUAGGAAAACUCAGUAAAAUGGUACAAAUCUGAAACUUUGAUGGUAGAAACUGAAGAUUUAACAGAGAACUGUGUUUUACCCGAGUGCCAAAAAUGCUGUGAGCCUCCUUGCACAAAAUUUAUACCACUUUUGCAUUUUUAUCUAUCAGUCCGGAUAGUUGUCUCCCCUCCUCCCAGGACCUCUCCACCAUUAAAAUGCACAAACCACAUGGCCGAUUUCAUCAUUUACAUUUAUUUUCAAAAGUUACUACAACCAAAUUAAUUCUAUUAGAAGAAAUGUAGACAAAUUAUAUAAAGACUAUAGAUUGCGACCUAAGAAAGAAAUAAGGCAAAGAACCAAGCAUUGAAUUAAAUGCUACAUGGGUGACUAAGAUCUGUUUCAAGUCAGGGAUAAUAUAGCCACUUUGGGUACUUCAGUAUCAGCGAUCAGUUCUCAUGGUUUAGACAGUUCCUAUCUAUAGCUGACUAUCCUUGUCCUUGAAUAUGGUGUAACUGACUAUUGGCUCUACAGUUUUAUUGGGCCACUUAAGAAAUAUUUCCUUGAGUAAUUAUUUUGAGAAAAAGUCUAAAGAAAAUAAUAAAAAUAAUUUUAAACACACUGUAGUAAGAAAUGACUGUUCGAAAAUUAUGCUUUCACUUUCUACCAUAUUCUCAGCUAUACAAAACCAUUUAUUUUGAAGAUUUUUAGACUACUGUUAAUUUGAAAUCUGUUACUCUUAUUGUGGAAUUUGUUUUUUAAAAAAGAUGUUUCUAAUUGGAUUUUUAAAAGAAGAAUGGAAUUUGGUUGCUAUUUUACAAUAGAACCUAAGCUUUUUGUGGUUCUUAGUGUCCUAUGUAAAACUUAGUGUCAAAGUAAUCAACUUUGAGAUUUUCCCUUCUAUUCUGCUUUAUAUUAAAAGCCCAUUCGAAAAUGGGAACCUGGUGAAUAUAUAAUGCAUUGUAAAAUAUUUUAAUGUGUAACUUUUUCAACUGUGAAACUAUUGAUUUUUUGAUGAAAACAGCUGCUGAUAAAGUAUUUUGUGUAAAGUGUAGUUCUUAUUAAUCAGGAAAAUGAUGACUUGAUUAGACUGUAUAUGCCCUCUUGGAUUUUAUUUUAAAUGGAUUGGUGACUUUCACAUAGGUAAAACACAGUCCAUCUGUAUUCUUUUUUCCAUAAAAAUCGAGUGAUUUGGAAUUAUAAAAAAAAAUUGUGAGCAGCCUAUUUGAAAGGCAUCAUGGAAAUUUCACAGCACAUAACAUGGAUUUUUUUUUCUUAAUGAUGUAAAUCCGUUUAAUUCAUAUUUUGAUCAAUAGCCCAUGCUUGCCAACUCUGAAGAAAUUUAAUUUCCAGCAGUAUUUUAAAGCUAGCCUGUUAACCUUUUCUGAAUAUUUAAACUUCCUCUUUUUUCUAUGUCUGCACAAACUGCAGACCUGGGCUGGACCCACAUACUCAGAGUCCACCUUAAGAAAUUAUUUUGAUGUCCAAGACAUCACUAAAAUAUUUAAGUUUAAAGAUAAUAUGUGAUUGUGGUGCUUUCACUAUUUAAAGACAACUUUCAUACUUCAGAUGUUUUUGAGAAGAGGGGAAUGUGAGGGGAGGGGGCAGAACAGGGAGGAGUCGUUUGAAUGAAUUACAUUCUUUAUAUCCAUCCUGCUCAUUUAGGGCAUGUCUUUAAGAGAAGGCUGAAAGUUGUGAGAGUAUAUUGUAUACCGUAAGAGAAUUAACUCUUCAUCAUGGAUGGGAUUGUGAAGGCUGAACUGUAAAAUUCAGCAUUGACAGCAUCCUCAAUUAAUAAUUCUUGGUGACAGAAUAAUACAGCUGGGCUGUUUUUUAAAAUAUAAACUCAAUACCAUUUUUAAUUAUUACAUUAAAAAUUGUAAAUAUAUCUAUGUGCCAUGGCCUGGGAAGCCUGUUUUCUUUUUUCAUAAAAAUUAUUUUUACUGUAUGAAAAGAUUAUGGGGUUUAGCUCGAAAUAUCUGUGGUCCUGAUAAAAUUGGAUUGGUAACUCUACCUCAGAAGGAAAAUGGGAAGAAAAAUAGAUGAGUCACAAUUCAAUACGUCAAGCUCAGAAAUUGUGCAGAUCACUGAAUUUUAGAUUUAUAAAGUCAAGUUGGCAUGCCUUGUUUUUAAUGAUAUGGAAGACCUUAAAAAAACUUGGCUGAAGUUUAAUCGUUGGUCCAGCCAUUUGAAAAAGGCAGUAGUUGAGGAGGUUCCCGAAUUUGGCAUUUGAGAUUCAUUUUGUUCUCUCUUCUUCAUUAUUAGUGCAUUUGGUGUGUAUACUUGCACACACUUCUGUUUGGGUACACACUGCUUGCUUAGCCCUAGUCAAGAGGCAUCUUUUAUAAAAGGUGUAAAGAAAUAUCAAGGUUCUAAAAUUCAGAAGAGUUUAGAAUUUAUUAGGAGUUUCCCAAGUUGGGAUGUUAGUCUUUAAAUAAACUUCAUUAACGUAUUCCACUUAAGGUUUUGCACCUCCUUUUUAUUAGUGCAGCGCCAUUUCUUCUGCUUGAUUUUAGGUAUGUUAAUAUUCCAGCCUUGCUAGUUAGCAUAAAGUGACAGGUGUGAGCCAUGAGGAAAUUUUCUGACUUAGUUUUUACACAACUACAUAUAAGAGUUUUAGUGGAGAAAAAAAAUUAGUCCCUUGUGCAUAUAUAGUAGGUAAAUGAUUUUUCUACCAACAGUAUACUCCAUUCCUCAUGUAGGUAAGUACAGAAAAGGUUUUUAAAUGUAUUUUGUUAGCCAAUUAAAGUCUAUGAAUCUAUCUGCAACCUUAUUAAAUCUGUCACUACAAUAAUUUUGUGGUUAUGCUAAGAACCAUGUAUACUUUUAGGUAUUCUUAUUUUUGUCAAUUUUUCUAGGUUAGGAAGGAGGCAGAAAACCUUCAUUGUUUCAUAUUAAAAUAUAAUCAGACUAAAUUCUAGGAUGAAUUUCCAAAAUCGUUAUCUAUUUAUUUCAUUUUUAUUUAAUUUUGUUUUUAUUUCAUUUUUUAAAAAGUCCCUUGUUCAAUUUAUGUUCCUAAGAGUGGUUGGAGAACUUGGCCUUCAUCUGAUUUCAAAAAUGUUUUAAGUUUCAAAUGAAGUUAAUGGUUUCAGUAUGAUUCAGUCCUCAGACCUAAUUGGGUUGAAUAAAAUCUAAAAGAAUAUACCCUUUUGGAGCAUAACAUUUUAAUACCUUGGGGAAUGUGACACUACCAAAAGAAGACUACUAACACGUCAAAUGUUCACCUGGAAGCUUUAACAAGAAAUUCGAACCACCCUUUUGGCCCCAUUGUAGCAAGUUUAUUUCUCUAUAUGUCAUUCAAUGAAUUGAAGUCCUGUGGUAUACUGCAUUCAUUACAAGAAAAACGUUUUUAAUGUCCUUUUAAUGAUGGCCCAAAAAGCAUUUGACACAGCAAGAUGCAUGUGUUAUUAUAUUGAGAAUAUAGAAUAACAGUAUCACUAAAUUUAAGACCUCUCCCAGUCUUGCUGUUCCUAGCAAGAAGUUUGGCCUGUGACUGCACUUACUGUUUGUGCUCAUCAGAAACUGUCAAUGUCUGCUUUUCUUUAACUCUGCAGUCUGUAACAUCACGCCGUUUAUUAAAAAAAAAGAAAAAUUA